UCAACUCCUCUUGGAGAGUUACGGUUGGCGGGGAACCAUGUUGAUUGCUUCUGCCGUAACAGCAAAUCUCUGUGUUUGCUGCGCGCUGAUUAGGCCACGUAAAGUCCACAAGGCUGCUAAGUUGAUGUCCGACUCGACAGAAAGUGAUUCACCGAACGAAGACGGCGUUGCGAUUGACAAUAACAACACUUCCACUGGGGACGAGGUUAAAAUCGGUACGAGAGAAACACCUGAUAUAGUUUCAGAUGAUCUACCGACGUCAGGCAAAGUUCUGCAAUAUGAUUUCAGUUUAACGGUAGAGGACAAAAGCAGCACGAGCAGCGAUUCAUCCAAGUGUUUUUUCGUCAAAGUUCUUCUGAGGCGAAUAUCGACUGAAUUGGGGCUCCAUACCUUUGCCAAAAGCUAUCGAGCUCUCUUACUGUGCAUAGUUUUCCUCCAUAACCAAGCACCGUAUAUAACUUUUGUCACGUUCCUUAUCCCUCGUGUCCAGGCUGUUGACGUCACACCUUCUAGCGCCACUUUCUUAUUGACUUUUGUCGGAAUUGGUGUCCUGCUGGGAAGACUAAGCCAUGGGAUGCUGAUCAGCUGGAAGAAAGUUCCCGUUGAGGGCGUGCUCGGUGUAAUGAUGGCACUGUGUGGCGUUUCGUUAAUCAUCAUGGGUGUUACAGAUGUUUAUGUGCUUCUGGCUGUGUCGUCAUUCCUCCAAGGUUUUACCACGGGCGCAACGCUAAGUAUUACACUGUUUCUCAUGCGCCAUUUUGUGGGUCUUGCAAACUUCGCUGUGAGCUGUGGCUGGAUAACAUUCGUUGGAGGAACUGGACUUUUCGUCGCACCCAUCAUUUCAGGUUUGGUUCUGGAUUUGACGGCUAGCUACCCAGCGGUAUUUUACAUAUUCUCGGGAAUUUCCUUCUUGGGUGCUCUUCAGUGUCUUCUCUUUCCUCUAUUGAAGCGAAUGGAACCAGGAAUUAAUUCUGACAACCAGCUCUAAUGGAUGGCGCCAUUUCCAUCCCAGAACAGUCAUCACAAUAGACCGAUCCAUAAAGCCCCGCCCCAUUUUUUUCUGACCAAUUGGAGCUGUGAUUGGUGUCCAGUACGCGCGUAUAAAACUGUGACAAGCGUGCACGCGCGUAGGAUGCA